AUGGUAGAAGAUGCACCUGUGGUGCAGAUACCACGUUCCGAUAUGCAAAUCUCCGUCGAAGAACAACCACUAAAUGUAGAUCUUCUUGUGCUCAGUGGAUCAAUCCAAACCCGAGAAUAUUACUCCGAUUCUUCCUCCAAGCGCAGGAAAAGCCUCGACAGGUCUAACUCCAUCCGAAAAAUGGCUGCCGCUGUAGUGGCGGAAAUGGACGAACCAAAAACAACCCCCAUUCCAGUCUCAAACGCCAAAGUUUCUCCGGCAACCAUCGAUUACAACCAUGAUCAUGGCGCCUUAAAAAGAUUUCCAAGCAUCGGUGGUGAGCGAGAAUUAGCAAGGGAUUCAUAUUCAAAUUCCUUAAGAGACGAUUGCUCAGAGACAUUCGAAUUACGGUUCAGAGACAACGACGAGAAUAAAGAGGGGAAGACACCAAGACGAUGGAGAUGGAAGUUAUGGGGGUUCAUCCACCGCUAUGGAGGAUCGAACAAAGACGACGACGACGACACUUUCAGCAGAGUAAAUGGCGUCGAAAUAUCAUACUCAGAAUCAAGGCAAGAUCGAACAGAAUAA